AUGGAACCUCGCAUUCACAAGUUUUUAGGUGAGAUACCCACUACAAUAGGAAACCUGGGCUCCCUGAAUACGUUGGAUUUGCGGAGUUGCAACUUUUCGGGGUCCAUUCCCUCUGCACCUGGUAACCUCACAAGCCUAAUUUAUCUUGAGAUUUCAAAUAAUUCUUUCGUGGGUAACAUCCCAUCCUCAAUUGGAAACCUCAUCCAACUCUCUGAUCUAGAUCUCUCCGUCAAUCAAUUGAUAGGUCGAAUCCCGUUUGGACAUGGAAAUCUAACACAGCUGAGUUACCUUUCUCUACGCUAUAAUCUACUUAACGGAGAAAUUCCUUUCCCUCUAAUGAAUCUCACAAAGUUAACUUCGUUACAACUUGGGAACAACAACCUUCAAGGUCGAAUUCCAGAUUCAAUCUUUAAUCUCAAGAAUCUUAAACACCUUGAUCUGGGCAGGAUCAGCUUUAGUGGCAGUGUGGAGUUUGGCAAAUGUAUGCAAAACUUUGGUGCUUCUCUCUUAGUGAUUGACCUGGAAAGGAACAAAUUUCAAGGAAGCAUUCCACAAACAUGGACACAAGGAACCGAAUUAAGGAUAAUCAAUCUCAGACAGAACAGAUUCCAAGGACAGUUACCAAGAUCGUUGGCCAAGUGUAUGAUGUUGGAGGUUGCUGACUUCAGUGACAACAAAUUGCAUGAUUUAUUUCCCUCUUUGCAUGAUUUAUUUCCCUCUUGGUUGGAAAAUCUUCCAAAUCUGAAGGUUCUCAAUUUGCGCUCAAACAACUUCCAUGGUCAGAUAGGAACAUCGAAACCUGGCUCUAAGUUUCCCAACUUGCGAGUCAUUGACCUUUCCCACAAUGGUUUUACUGGGAAACUGCCAUUAGAAAUUUUUGGAAAUUGGAAGCAGCAUAGUGAAUUUGCUAAUUCAGAUAUUUUGUCAUAUAUCCAAGUAAACUCAUCUAUCGUACCACGAAGAUAUACGUGUAAUUCUUGGCUCUAUGCUUAUAAUUACACCAUGACAAUGACAAAUAAGGGAGUCGCUGUCUUUUACGAGAAGGUCCAAGAAUUAUUCAAAGCCAUUGAUAUCUCAAGCAACAAAUUUGGUGGAGAGAUUUCAGAAUCCAUUGAAAAUUUGAAGGGGUUUCAUUUGCACAAUCUUUCUAAUAAUGUUCUCACGGGCCACAUCCCACCAUCAUUAGCAAAUCUUACAGAGCUGGAAUCAUUAGACCUUUCCGAAAACAACUUGUCUGGGGAGAUCCCACAGCAACUAACACAACUCACCUUCUUGGGAUUUUUCAAUGUUUCAAACAAUCUUCUCACAGGACCUAUACCACAAGGGAACCAGUUUGGUACAUUUGGAAACAAUUCAUAUGAGGGGAAUUCCGAGCUAUGUGGGAGACCUCUCUCAAAGAACUUUGAGGAUUCUAAUGCUUCGCCAGCACCUCCUUCAUUAUUCCCUGUAGAUCAAAGUCAAAAAUCGGGAUCUCCAUUUCAGUUUGGUUGGGAAAUUCUUGUUGUAGUUGUGGUAGGUUAUGCAUCUGGACUAGUUGUUGGAGUGACAAUUGGGCAUAUUGUGAUUACAAGAAAACGUGAUUGGUUCAUGAACAUCUUUGGAAUAAAGCAGCUGGCAAGAUGA